CACUGCCCACUAGGGUUUUCUUUUCGGAUCAGGUUUCUAGAAGCUUCUAUGCAGGCACCGCCGCUCGCCGCCUCGGCCUCGCCGGCGUGGACCGCCAUCCUGCCCGCGCCGGCCAGGCUCUGCUGCUCCCGCCGCGCCGCCGCCCUCCGCCUCGAAUCCAAGGCCGCCUGGAGGCCGCCGGCCCGAGGCCCCCGGAUGCCGGCCAAGGGUGCCGUCGUCCUCGCCUCCGAGGUGGUUGGCCCCUCUCCCCUCCUCGACGCGCGCAACGAGCAAGACCUCAUUUUGCAUAUCAGGAAGGAAGUGGAGAAAGGGAAGCUGCCUGCAGAUGUCGCCGCCAAUCUGGAAGAGCUAUACUACAACUACAAGAACGCGGUUCUGCAGAGCAGGGAUCCAAAUACACACGAGAUCGUGCUUUCAAACAUGGUGGCUUUGUUCGAUUGUGUUCUGUUGGAUGUAGAGAAUCCGUUUACCUUUCCACCUUAUCACAGAGCUGUAAGGGAACCAUUCGACUAUUACAUGUUUGGUCAGAACUACAUUAGGCCCCUCGUAGACUAUAGGAAUUCAUAUGUUGGUAAUAUAUCCAUUUUUCAGGAUAUGGAACAGAAGCUUCGACAGGGCCAUAAUGUUGUUCUGAUGUCUAACCAUCAGACAGAAGCGGAUCCAGCAAUAAUUGCUUUGCUGCUUGAAAGAAGCAAUCCAUGGAUUAGUGAAAACAUAGUUUAUGUUGCUGGUGAUAGGGUUGUUACGGACCCCCUUUGCAAACCAUUUAGUAUGGGAAGAAAUCUCAUUUGUGUGUACUCAAAAAAGCAUAUGAAUGAUUUUCCUGAGCUAAUUGAUAUGAAGAGGAGGGCAAAUACUCGUAGUCUGAAGGAAAUGGCCUUGCUUUUACGUGGCGGUUCACAGAUAAUUUGGAUAGCACCAAGUGGUGGUAGAGAUCGUCCAGAUCCUUUGACAGGAGAAUGGCACCCGGCACCAUUUGAUGCAUCUGCAGUGGACAAUAUGAGGAGGCUUCUGGAGCAUUCAGGUGUUCCUGGGCACAUAUAUCCACUCUCACUGCUCUGCUACGAGGUUAUGCCUCCACCACAAAAGGUUGAGAAAGAGAUUGGUGAGCAAAGGGUUAUAUCCUUCCAUGGUGUAGGCUUGUCAGUGGCUGAAGAGAUAAAGUACAGUGACAUUACUGGUCAUAUCCAAGAUGUUGAUGAGUGCAGAGAGAAAUUCUCAGAGACGUUGUACAACUUGGUCGUUGAUCAGUAUAAUGCGCUCAAAUCCACUAUCUUUAGGGGUCAUGGAGCAGCUUCAUCAAACAGUGCUAUCUCUCUCUCGCAGCCAUGGCGAUGAAACUCCGCCUUCUCAGUCUGGAUCUCUCAAUGAAGUUACCUUCAUUUCUUUCCAACACAGCAGAUGCACUACUGCAGUGCGACAUUGCAAUUUUUCCUGGCAGAACCUUUUAAACUUCAGUAUCAUAACCCAUACUAAUCAUGGAGGGGAGGCUGUUAGCGUCCUGCAAAUCUUGUGAGUUCUUGAAGGCCCUGGUCAGGUCUAGCAUGAUAAUUUUACCCGGACGAAUCCCAGCCCCACAUGAUGCAUUUGUUCAUUGUUUGCACACACAUAUUAUUGCAUCAUACGAGUAUCCUUUGGGCCACAACACUGCUGCUUGCGCACUGAAUCUGAGCUGUUGUCUUUGGGGUGCAUGCUUGUCAAAUACAAGUCCUAAACAUGUGGGAUUUUGUUUUUGCGGUUAAAAAUUAUCUUGUUUUUUUUGUUCCAUGUAUAUAUAUAUAUAUUUGAUUUUUAUCCCCAAAUUUGGAGAUACAAUCGCCAAGUGUUAUGACAUUUGCAAAUACUAUUCUCUUAGUUUUGUUAAGAUGACGUUAUUUGGGUGCAACCGUGCAACUUGUCUGACUGAUAUUUCUAAAGAUGUUACUCGUUUCUGAACUGAGAUUGGAUGCUACUAAGACAAGGCUUCUGUAUUGUUAAAUCAUUUAUUUAUCUUAUUUAUGGGGAUAAAAUAUUCCACUUAUUUAUUGUGAAGUUGGUUGUAAACGUUGUUGGCACAGUGGUGAUGAUGCAGGUCUUGAUGGAGAUGGCUGUGUAGAACAGUUGCCUGAGCAUUAGAAAGCGUGUGAAGUUUUGAGCUGUAACAAGGUGAGGACAAAGACUUGAGGAUGGAUGUCAUACAACUAGAGCUGGCUUUGAACCCGUCCACCCCUGCGACCGCAAGCUCUGAAUUCAAAGAGCUUUGAGUUGAACUCAGUAAAUUUCUAAAAAUUAGGCUCAUCCUAAAGCUGUAUAUAUAACCAUGUAAGCACCUGGACCGAAGUUGUACAAAAGGUAAAAGGUAUCUACUUGGGGAAUACUUUCGUUGUUUUGUCUUGUGCGACAUCUGUGUUAGGAAGAAAAUGAAAUCUAUUAUUUAAGGUGCUUAUA